AUGAAUAAAUCUGGGAACAUUUGGUACGAAGUUACUUCAUCACUCUUUGAAGCAUCAUUAAAUAAAGUCAUAUUUGAUGAAAAAUUGAAAAUUACACCUUUUAGAAAAUUUCUAAAAGAGGAUGGAAAUAUAAAAUUCAAUUCACCCACAAUUUUAACUUCAAAUCAAAUAGAUGAAACUGAGAAGCUAGCUAAGGAUAGUCCUCAAGUUACGGAUGAUAUCCCAUUCUUAGAAGUGUUCGUAAAUAAGCUAGUUGAAAGAAUUCUUCCUCCAACUAUACCCCAAAGAGAGUGUUUCUUAAAGGAAAAUAGAAAUAUUUCCGAUGAUCAAAAUUCUGAACAGAUAGUUUCAACAACAAUAUUAGGAAAAAAUAUGAAAAACUUAGGUAUUAGAAUGGAAACAAUAUAUAACAUACAAGAUUUUUUAUAUCUCGUAAUCACCUGGAAGAAUCCCGCUCUAACAUUAACUUUCCUGAUAGUGUUAGGAUAUUUUAUGUUUAACCCAAUUAAUAUUUUUUUCUUCUUCUUUUAUUAUUUGAUUAUUGGCAAAUUGAUUCCUUCAUAUUCAAAAAAACUACAAAGAUGCACUGAUUUAGAACGAAAUUUCUGUAAACAAAAUAUUGGUAAAUCCUUUAUUAAUGUUUUUAACAAUACCCUAGGAAAUGAACUUGUUUCCAGAUCUAUAGUUCAAGAGUUUACUAAGUUGCAAGAUGAAGAUCAAGAAUUGAAUACGAUUUCUUCAGAAGAACCAUUCAAACCUCAAAUAAACUUUAUUUUGGGCUUAAGAGAUUUCCAAGAUAUGACGUCAGAAGUCUUAGGAUUUUUAGCAAAAACUGACGAAUAUGUAGAAAAAUAUGCGACUUUUAAAGAUGAUCAAAUAUCAGUUCUUUUGUACGGGUUUUUAGUAUUCUUCAUUGGAUUUAUAAAAUCUUUCUGGAUAUAUUUAUAUAUUCCACACUUGGUUUAUUUGCUUAUUUUAAUUUAUGUUUUCUCCUCCCAUCCUUUAUUUAUGAAAAAAUAUACACAAAGAUAUAUUUUUAAAAAUCAUUAUUUAAAAAAAUUAUCAUUUUUCAAGGAAAAUAACCUAAACGUAUUUUUAGACUCAUCUCCUAUUUUUAAACAUAUAACAAUUCUCCAAUUCCAGUACAAAGAUUUAAAAGAAAAAUGUGAUAAUUGGGAAACAUUAGGCUUUUACAUUAUUAAAAACAAUCAUAUAUGUAGAGGAGAAAAUCUAACUGUAUAUAGAUUUAUCGAGAGUGUUGCACCACCAAAUGGUUGGGUAUUAGAUCCAAAUUCACAAUGGAAUAGUGUAGCAACUUUAAUGGAUGAAAAGCAAUCAAGCAUAUUACACGACACUUCUUUAGCAAAAGAAAUUGUGGAUAUAAAUCUAAACAUUUUACAACAUAAAAUCGUAAAAAAGUAA